GGUAGUGGCAAGCAGAAGCAGCGGUCAGUGUCAGACUGUCAGUGGGUCGGGGGGCAGAUGGUCUACGAGUAGUACCGGCAGUGUACCGCUAUGGUGGAGCAGAAGGAGGUUGUGACCAACUGAACUGGGGGGAGGAAAGAGGACUACUCGUACUGUACCGGUAUUCGAGAUACGGUGGGCAUGAUCCAUUACCGUACUGUUCGCAGGAAGGAGACCGCCACCACAACAGAGCCAUGAUGUUGCCGGUAUCAUACCAGUACCAUACACUUUCCGAACCAAGCUGCUUUUUUUUUUUCUUUUUUCCCCUCUCUCUUCUCCAGUCCCCCCCCCCCAUCGUGUGGUGAAGAAAUGGGGAAGAACGAAGGAGUAGAAAUCAUGGUCGUAGAUGGAUGGCAGCAGACUAUGGUCACAGGCAUAUCGGGACGAACCAAGAGACCAGAUUUGACUAAAUUACGGUUGAAAAAAAAAAAGACAUGUAAAUGUAAACCAAGCCUUUUAUUGGCCAGGCCGGACGUUUGGGUACGAUCCAUCACCAUGCUCAAACGGUUAGAAGAGUCAAGUCAUCAAUUUCUUUUUCUCCCUGCGUUGGAAGAGGGAGUGAAUAAAAAUAAAAAUCUUGACAUCUCCGGUCGGUGCUGCUGCUCCGUCCCCAUCUCGCGUUCUUUCUUCUCCCUCUUGUUGCCUCACGCCCACAACUGGCCCUUGCGGGUUGUAUUGUAACGCAACGCUUCUCUCUCUCUUUCCCCUUCUCCCUCCUCCCUGCCUCUUCCCCCUUCUCCCUUCCCUUCCUUUUCUCUUUCUCCCCCGCUGCCACUCUCUUGUUCGUGCUGGCCCCUGUUCCAAUUCGACUUCCUCUUUUCUCAUUCACAACCCUUCCUCUCCCUCCCUCCCUCUCUCCCAACCUCUCUCUCAACCUCUCUCCUGCUCUCUCUCCUACUCUCUCUCCCGAUCAAAAAAAAACAAAAACAAAUCAGAAAUAAAAAAGUAAAAGGAUUUCCCCUUUCCUUUUUCUUUUUGGUUUCCUCCCUUCUAGCCUUUUUUUCUCUCUGGGGAAAGGAAGAAUUAAACAGAUUGAAAGAUUAGCCAUCGGACGGUAUUCUUCAUUGAAUAAGUCUACUUGGUUUGGGUUGUUGGGAGUUGCCCGUAGAGGGAAAAGCUUACACCUUGCGGCGUCGAAUCAUUGCCCCUGCUGGGAUCCGCUUGUGUGUCAACCUUCUUCCUCGAAUAAUAAAAACCGUUCCACAACCCCCAGCCUCUCACACAACCUCUUCUCCUUCCCACUUGACUGUCGGUUGGAGUAUUGAAAGAGAUCCCGGGCGGCAGAACAGUAAACAGCAACAACACCCACGGGCACGAUCAAGGGUCUCUCUCUCUCUCUCCUGCCGGUAAUCAACCAUCCCCUCGGACAUAUUUACGGUUCUCCUGUACGUCUUUUUCCGGGGGCGUCGUCACAUUCACGUUGCUGGAUACCAUCGGCUUUUCUUCGCUCUCAGUCACGACUUUUCUUUGGUUUUGAUAAUCAGCGCCACGAACAUCAUCCGCUCCAUCUUCAUAGAUCUCUCCUCAGGAUAUAGCGAAUCGCGGACCUAUUAAUUUAGCAUUUCGUCUUCGCACUCCGGCGCUCGCUCGCACAUCCACUUUGCCUUUUCUUGUUUUAUUCCUUUUUUUUUUUUUUAUACUUCCUCUUCAAUUCUGACUUCCUCACCUCGAACGCCUUUUAUUUUAACAUUAAGAAGCACCACUUGGGGAAUUUUAACCUUUUGAUAUUCGUCGGCGGUUACCUACUUCCUGUUAGUCGUCUUGCGAUAAACCUCCGACUCCGAGCUUUUUCGGCUUACGAAAGCCUGCCAUUACAGCCACUCGAUAUUCAUUAGCCGCGCCCUUGAAUGGGCAAUCGAGUUUAAUUUUUCAACAGCAGACUUAACUCCGUGUAGCUACGAUCCGUCGUAGCUUACGCGUUCCUGGUCUAGGAAGGAGGAAAAAGACUGGUGAGUAGUUGAAAGCAGAAGGCUGCCCUGGGAUUAUCUAGCUGGAUGGUUCGCCUAGCGGGUUUUGAGCGGGAGAUGGCUGACCAGAUUGUGUUGAUUCUUGAAAGACGGCGUGCUCUCGACCGUGCGGCUUCCUUCCAUCACCUUGAGACUUCGAAUCUUGCCAUGCCCUGCAUGUUUACUCCACAAUCUCGCCUCCCGCUCACUCCUCCUGAUUAUCUUCCGCCUUAUGGCGGCUGUAAUGGAGGUGUUCAGCUCAACACUCAUCAGUUUGCGAUGAACUCGCAGGGGCUGGCUAUGUCUGAGAAAGGUGCCAUCUAUGACCCUAACCUCAUGGAAUCUUAUGGUCGGAAGCAGAUGCCUUCGUAUUCACAUGCCCCUGGGCAAUCUUACUCUGUUUCACAACAGCAGGGCAAUUAUUCCGGCCUACCACCUCCCGGGUUGACCCACCCUGCUGGUCGGUAUUUUCCUGUACCGGCGCUGUCGCUGCCGAUGCCCGUCCCGUCUGGCCGGCGAUUGGAGUUGCCGCCUCUUGAAGAAUCCUUUCGCCACAGACAGGAGCCUAGAAAGCAGGAGCAAUCUGUUCAUCAGCCUGAAGAGAAACCUGUUGGUGGGGUGUCUGCGCACUUGGACUACGAUAUGGAGGAGAUGACGGAAUUUGUUGGUGUUAUGGCUCAACAACUGUUAGUAUUUGAAGAUCCCUUUGCUCACGUUAUAUCUUUUGCUGACUUUACUUGCAGUGUUUAUCAACGCUCUGUUUCGGAUCGUGCACUGCCUCAGCAAUUCCGUAAAUUUGUUCUGCAAAUUUUGUCCUCAACACGAUUGCCAAGUUCCACUAUUUUGCUUGGUCUGGUAUAUCUGCAAAGGCGGAUGACCAAACCUAUCCCUACCGCUUCACGGCAUGAUCACGUGUAUCGGAUGAUUACAAUCGCUCUUUUGCUCGCAAGCAAGUUUCUAGAUGAUAACACCUUCCAGAACAAGUCUUGGUCUGAAGUCACAGGCCUCCCUGUGAAUGAGCUCAACACUUUGGAGAAGGAUUGGCUGAAGGAGAUUGGGUGGGAUUUGCAUGUUGAUCCUGAGGGAACGAAAGGGUUCAGUCAGUACACAACAAUGUGGGAAACUUGGGUUAGGAAAAAUGGGACAAAGGCGGCUAUUCCCGCGCUUGCACCCAUAAACACCAAUAUUCGUCACCACAGCCGCACUGAGUCGACGGCAUUCUCGCCCUUGUACCCGUCUUCACAGGCCUACCACCCCAUGAAUGUAUUGAAUGAUCCGGCCUUGCACCUACCUCGUCCUCCGCAAUCUCAGCCUGAGGGUUCUUACUGGUACAUGAACCCUGGCGAAUAUUCUCCUCCAUCGGCUCCGGAGACUGGCCCGACAACUCCUGAGGGAUAUGCUUUUGGGUGGUCUGGCGCUUUUUCCUCUCAUCACCGAUCAUCCACGUAUCAACUUCCGGCGUUAUCAAAUUAUCACCACUCGCACCGUGCUUGGCCUGGCGGACCUCCUUGUGGCUGUUCUGUUUGCCAGAGACCUGAUGGGUACAUGAUGGCGAACUUUUGCCAACCCGUCACUGCUUGAGUACUUUUUCCCUUGCUUUUUUUUCUUUCUUCCCAUUUCGCUCAAUUUGCAUGGUUUGGUGAUUGUUUCAAAAAUAUUUUUUCCUGGCGAACUUCACUACAUAAAAGUUGGUCUUUCUGAUCGUCAACCUCUAGAGACAAUGGAUGCAUGCUUUGUUUUCACGUUUCCUGGUUCCCUUUUUGUCUCGGGUUUUUGCUAACUUCGCUAUGCUUGUUUUUAUAUCUGCCGGACAUACCUGUACUUUGUUUUCUUUUGUCUUUUGAACUAUGUUAAAAGGGAAGAUGGGUUGCGUUUUCUUCCUCCUUCAAUUCCUUCAAAAGGAUGCGACUUUCCCUUCUCAUCAGUCUGACUGGGUUCAAGUAGUGUUCAGUAUUCAUUUGUUUUACGAUGGGAAAGGAAAAUGGGGCAUUAGGGUUGGGGUUUCUCUUUAUCGGUAGUGCUAUUUUCUCGCUUUUAUCUUGUCUGCCCCUUCUUUUGCUUUUCUUUUAUUUACGAUCAUUCUUUUCGUUACUGUUUGGGUGAUUUUCUGUAUCUUUUUCUUUUUUUAGACGGUGAUUCCUAUUUUUUUUUCCAUUCGACAUUUUUGCAUCCUGAUUUCAUCCUAAUGUUCCUUUUUGCUAUUUCUUUUGUUUUACAAUUCUCGUGGCCGGGUUCCUGUCCUUUCACAUGACCGUCGGGAAUUAUCCGGUUGGUGGGUUCGAUUGCUUGUUACGAUAAUGACGCGGUGGUUUUGUUUCUGAAUGGGGUGGCUUUUUUACCUUCUUCUCUUCCGACUUUAGUUUUACUUAUUCCUUGUGCGCCCGGAUUAAUAGGUUCUUCCUCGUAACCCGCGGGGUGGACCAAACCAAUCUUGGGCUGGAAUCGGAGUUGGCAAUCUUUUAUGGGUCCAGUUUUAGGACACUUGUUGAUAAACUAUACUUUUUUUUAUUUUUCUCCUAUGCAGAUUCACUCUGUUAUUUUUCAGAAUGGGAGUGAGAGAGGGAAGCAAGAGAAUUGAAAUUUCUCACCUACUUGUAGCAGUUUUAACUUUCACUAUUUCCAUACCUUCA